GGUAGGCCUACAAAGGGAAAAGGUGGGGAAGAAGAGAACACCGUACCACGUGAUUUUCCAGUCCUGUUGUGUAUUGGGUGGUUGGUGUUUGCAGUCUAUAACAGUUGCCUAACCGUCGCUAGAGCAAGCAAAAUGACGGCAAUAUUGUAUAUUUUGGAACUGUUCAACAUCAAGAGUUUUUUGCUUUUUCUCUCAAUUUUCCUCCUUGUGUUUGACUACAUCAAAACCAAACCACCAAAGAAUUUCCCUCCUGGACCGUGGUCAUUGCCUUUUAUCGGCGACGUGCAUCACAUUGACAUCACUAAAAUCCAUCUACAGUUUGUCAAGUUUGCUGAAAAAUAUGGACGUAUUUUUAGUGUCCGAUUUUUUGGACCAAGGAUGGUUGUUCUUAAUGGACACAAGCUAGUGAGGGAAAUGUAUGUUCAUCGAGGAGAAAACUUUGCUGAUCGACCAUCCUUACCUUUAUUUGCUGAUAUCGUUGGAGACAAAGGGGUGGUUGUGUCUAAUGGAUAUCCUUGGAAACAGCAGAGAAGGUUUGCCCUUCACACCCUGAGAAAUUUUGGAUUGGGCAAGAGAAGCCUUGAGCCCUCCAUUCUUCAAGAAUGCAGAUAUCUAAAUGAAGCAAUCGCUAAUGAACAAGGUAAAUCCUUCGACCCACAAUUUAUCAUUAACAAUGCUGUGUCUAACAUCAUCUGCGUGCUGGUGUUUGGGGACCGCUUUGAGUACACUGAUGAUGACUUCCAGUCUCUCCUGAAGAACAUCAAUGAGGUCUUCUACUUAGAGGGAGGAAUUUGGGCCCAGUUGUACAACGUAUUCCCAUGGAUAAUGCGCAGAGUGCCUGGCCCACACAGGAAAAUAUUUUCUAUUUGGAACGGAGUUAUUGCCUUUGUAAAGAAAAAAAUUGAAGACCACCAAGUAGACUUUGAUCCUUCAAACUCUAGGGACUACAUUGAUUGUUUCCUUGGAGAAAUGGCAAAGUGGAAAGAUGAUGAAGCAUCAGGCUUUAAUGUGGAGAAUUUGUGCUACUGCACUCUGGACCUGUUUAUAGCGGGAACUGAAACCACAUCUACUACCCUAUACUGGGGGCUCCUGUACAUGAUCAAAUACCCUGAGAUACAGCGCAAGGUGCAAGAGGAGAUAGACCGAGUUGUUGGAUCUUCACGUCAGCCCUCUGUGGCUGACAGGGAGAACAUGCCUUACACUGAUGCUGUUAUUCACGAGACACAGAGAUGUGGCAACAUUCUUCCAUUGAACCUUGCCAGACAGACCACCAAAGACACCCAAGUUGAUGACUUCAUCAUUCCCAAGGGCACAAUGGUGCUGGGCAGCCUGACCUCUGUUCUAUUCGAUGAGACGGAAUGGGAGACCCCUCACACCUUCAACCCAGGACACUUCCUGGAUGGAGAGGGGAAGUUCAGGAAGAGGGAGGCCUUCCUGCCUUUUUCUAUUGGGAAGAGAGUGUGCCUGGGAGAGCAGCUGGCCAGAAUGGAGCUGUUCCUGUUCUUCACCUCGCUGCUCCAGCGGUUCUCCUUCUCAGCACCACAGGGCGUAGAACCCAGUCUGGUGUUUCGAAUGGGAGCCACUCACUGCCCUCAACCCUAUCAACUCUGUGCUGUUCCUCGCUGAGAGCAUUUAUAUAAACUCUUUGAAAUCUUAAUCUUACCUGUAGUUUUUUAAUUAUAUUUGUAGUGAAGUAAUACACAUAUUCAACUCUGUACACUUAAGUGACACAAUCAGACAUAACCUGAAACUGUUCUACUGUUCCAUGUAGAAUAGUGAAGAAUUUUGCAGCAUGCAAUGCAUUUAUUUAGUAUAGAACAGUAAAAGACCAUGCCUCAUACCUACUUCAAUGGAUACUAUUUGAGUGCUCAGACAAUGUGAAUAAACUUCCCAUGCAAUAA